AAGUGAAAAAGAAAGUAAAGAGAAUCGAUUGAUGAAAGGAGUAAAAAAGUUAAAUCUUUUAUGAGGAAGAAGGAACAACGAGUGGACGGGAGUAUAAUAAAUGGAAAACCGUCAGUUUCUUUUCUUCUUCUUCCUUCCGUUAUAGCUGUAAUUUUUCAUAGAGGUCCAAAGCAUGCUCUUCUCCGCCGUCUUAGCAGAACGACGCCAAGUGGUGACUAAUCAAGAAAACGUCUACCUUUCUUUUUGUUUUAUAUACAAACCAUACACACACAAUAUUUGUUCAUUCAUUGGCAUCAUUACUAAACUUCAAGAACCCUAUGUCUCUUUGUACUUCUUCUUCUCUUCCUUCUCUUCUCAUCAGUAUAUAAAUAGCAGUUAGGAGGAACUUUAUUUCUCACAACACUCAUAUUCUUGGACCUUCUAAUUGGUUUACUAGCUAGAUGUCGGUACCCUUGUUACAAAGUGGCAAAAAAAAAAAUUGUCGUUCUUAAUCAUCAGUCAUAUAUAAGAUAUGUCUUCGUCGUCAUCUUUAGGAAGAGGAGAAGGACCUUCUUCCUCUAGGAGCCGAAGACGUGCUGGAAAUGAUGUUUGGCCAGAGCCAUUCGUGGAGGAUUUGGCUAUGCUAGUUGCCAUUGAUGCUUCACGUUCCGUUGGUCGCUUGGCUGCUGCCCAAGCCCUAACCCUUAUUUUUCAGGUUUGUUCAACAUGGCAAGCAGUGUCACACUCGGAUCUGCUCUGGCAGAAUCUAACCAGGCAGAUAUGGAAUCGCCACGAGCUUCUCCGGCAAACAUGGAGGGAGGAGUACAUAUAUUGGCACCAAACGGCCAAUAACUUCCUUCACCAUAGAUACAUAUAUAACACCCUCCAUUUCAUGCCAGAAAACAACGAAGACGACGAGAACAACAAUAGUCUCUCUUGUCGCCGUUUACAAUUGUCUGACUACCAUCUAGCUGUUGGUUUUUCAGAUGGCUCAGUUCAGUUAUUUUUCCUACCAAGGAGACUACAUUUGUCUACGUUCCACCCUCAUCACCGUGAUCGCCUAGGCCGAUUUUCUAGAGCUGUUUCUGGGAUUAUUUUAUCUGAUGUUCAACUUGUGUUUGCUUCUCUAGACGGUGAUAUUCAUGUGGUGGCCAUUGGUGAUGCUGCACUACCUAGAAGGGCUCACUUCGGUGAUGUGGUGAAUGAUGGUGCUUUGGUGGAUUUCACUGGCUCUGACCAGUGGUGGGUUGGCCUCUAUGCAGGUGUUCCAGGGCGGGCAUUUCAAAUUUGGAAUAGGGAGACAGAAGAACUAGUCUUCGUUGGUGGUGAAUUAACAGAUCCAGAAGCGUUAAUGGGUUGGCACAUACUGACCGAGUUGACGGAGAUGGUUGGUCGAAUCAGAGUGACAACCCGAGAGACUGCCGUGGCGUGCACCAGUCUGCAGCUCAUGGCAAUCGACUUGCGAAACCAAGGCAUAAUAAUAAGAGCUCAACCAUCCCGAAGGGGGCUCAUCGUGGCAUCAUUCGAUGCCCGGAAUGAGACACUGGUGGCUGUUGAUAGCCGGGGCAUGGCCAGCGUGCGUAGGGCGGAUGAUUUGGAGGAGAUAUGCAGAUUUAAUGUUAGAGGUGACAAUCAAAGGGGAGUUGUUGGGUGCAUGAAUGGAGGAUAUGCAUUAAUGUGGAUAGGGAGUGUCAUUAGGGUAUGGGAUAUUGAACAUGGAGCCUGUCUGUACAGUCUUAGGGAGAGAAUAGGAAAUAACAAUGCCAUAAUUGCAGAUGAAAGGUAUGUGGCAGCUUGUUCCAGUGAUGCUACUAUCCAUUUGUGGGACUUUGGUGCACAAUAAUAGCAUGUAGCUUGCUUUUUCUGUGGUAUUCUUGGUGGGAAUUUAGGGGGGUAACCAGAAGGACUAAGGUUUUUAGGUACAGUAGAGCUAGCAUGGAUAAAUAGAAAAAGAGCAGAAAACAAACAACAUUCUGAGGAAUAUAUUCUGUUGUACCAAGAAUCUACCAAUCAUAUGCUUUUCUAUGCAAUGCAAAGUAUCUUAGCUAGUUUCACUGUGCCUUUGCCUUCCCUUCAAUUAGAUCCAAGUUUUUUUUUUUUUUUUUCUUCAGAAUCUGGAUUUUGUUGUAAAUAAAUUAACUACCUUUGGGUUU